AGAGUAGUCCUCCUAGCGGUUAGUUAUGGAAGUGUAGGUUCACGUCGCUCUCUCUCUCGUCGGUCUUGCCUCCGUGAGACACCGGCGCACCAUAUGCCUCCCAAAACAAGACACAGUGAAGCAAAGCAAAGUAUUGAAUAAGUAGCAAGAUAACAUAGCUAACGGACAUCAAGCUAGCUAGCUAUCUUAGCUAACUGUGCCAUGGACCCACGAGACACAGCACCGGAUUCGUGGGAGCAGGAGGAGGAUGCCAAGGCCCGAGCCGCCGCGGGACUCCAGUCCGCGCUCGCCGCUCUCAACGUCAAUGCCAAGCCAUUUGUCCCGAAUGUCGACGCGGUGGUGUUUGUACCGACCUUCCUUCAAAGCAGCCCCACGGAAAUCCCAAAUUCCGACGGUCACGGUAGGUUAGUGCGUACUUGUGGUGGAGUGUUGGAUUAACGAGAUGUUGACAGCUGCUGUUAUUGCCAGGGGUUAACAAGGUUAGCUAGAUAGCUAGCUUGAGUUUGUAGCUAGCAAACUCACUAGGCUAGUGUUGUAGCUAUGAUAUUGCUUAACACUGUGACAGCUUUGACAUGAUGGUGUAACGUUUAUAACUAGGCCUACUGCUCAUGAUGAAUUAUUGUUAAGCCUUCACCCAUACUGAAUCUGAUAUGGUGAUUCCUAUUCCUAAAGCUCCAAUGUCCAUUUAAUGCCAAUGAUGAAUGCAACAACUUGUCUCUUCACAGAUGCUGAGCCAGUUGCCAGCAUGGAGGUUUUAGAAACAGUUGGUAUGUUUUGUGUCUAUUAUUAUAUUAUUGUGUAGUUAAGUGUUCUUCCUUCCUUUACUUCCCUUUUUCACACAGUUGUUGUACUUUACACAAUUAUUGUUUUGGACUAUCACAGACAGUAUCAGAUGUAUUUGUUGAAGGUAUGUAUCACAGGUGUUUUUUUAAAAGGCCUUAGGUCUUUUUACCUGUAGAAGGUUGCCUUGCCAACUCCCACCCAACUAAUUCCAGAAGAGAUUACAAAUGUCCUUCAGUCAGUAUUGUUUACCUUUCAUUCAUUCAGAAAUUGAAAUCUCUUCAGGCCUACUGCUCACUGGGAGGUAGUCUAUGCCCAAAGGCCAGCUCUGGGAGACAUGACAAGGUCCAACUGGGAGGGUUGGCAGGCUCCCAGUCCCUACAUGCACAUCUAUAGCAUGAUGCAACAUCACAGGCCUAUGCUUAAAAUAGACUAGUACACUGGGACAUGUGGAAACACAUAGAAAAUAUAUAUAACCAAAUGGGCCACAGUCCAGUUCUUGUAUUUACAGGGAACGUUUCUGUAGAGAUGUACUAUGUUGACCAGCCGUAUAUAUGUGCUGAGGUCAGGUGUUUAAAUUUGGCCAGAGAACACUGCCGUUGUGCACAUCUACUCAGGUUACAUAGGCCUGAUUUAUGUUAGUGUGACACCUGGCUGCAACUGCAGCCUGCCAGAGAGAGAGAAGACAUGAUGGGAAGGGAAUUCAAAUCAAAUCAAAUCAAAUUUUAUUUGCCACAUGCGCCGAAUACAACAGGUGUAGACAUUACUGUAAAAUGCUUACUUACAGCCCUUAACCAACAAUGCAUUUAUUUGUUAAUAAAAAAGUAAAAUAAAACAACAACAACAAAAAAGUGUUGAGAAAAAAAGAGCAGAAGUAAAAUAAAAUGACAGUAGGGAGGCUUUAUACAGGGGGGUACCGGUGCAAUGUGCGGGGGCACCGGCUAGUUGAGGUAGUUGAAGUAAUAUGUACAUGUGGUAGAGUUAAAGUGACUAUGCAUAAAUAAUUAACAGAGUAGCAGCAGCGCAAAAAGAUGGGGUGGGGAGGCAGUGCAAAUAGUCCGGCUAGCCAUGAUUAGUUGUUCAGGAGUCUUAUGGCUUGGGGAAAGAAGCUGUUGGAGAAGCCUUUUGGACCUAGACUUGGUGCUCCGGUACCGCUUGCCGUGCGGUAGCAGAGAGAACAGUCUAUGACUAGGGUGGCUGGAGUCUUUGACAAUUUUGAGGGCCUUCCUCUGACACCGCCUGGUAUAGAGGUCCUGGAUGGCAGGAAGCUUGGCCCCAGUGAUGUACUGGGCCGUACGCACUACCCUCUGUAGUGCCUUGCAGUCGGAGGCCGAGCAGUUGCCAUACCAGGCGGUGAUGCCACCAGUCAGGAUGCUGUCGAUGGUGCAGCUGUAUAACCUUUUGAGGAUCUGAGGACCCAUGCCAAAUCUUUUCAGUCUCCUGAGGGGGAAUAGGCUUUGUCGUGCCCUCUUCACGACUGUCUUGGUGUGUUUGGACCAUGAUAGUUCGUUGGUGAUGUGGACACCAAGGAACUUGAAGCUCUCAACGUGUUCCACUACAGCCCCGUCGAUGAGAAUGGGGGCGUGCUCUGUCCUCUUUUUUUUUCUUGUAGUCCACAAUCAUCUCCUUUGUCUUGGUCACGUUGAGGGAGAGGUUGUUAUCCUGGCACCACACUGCCAGGUCUCUGACCUCCUCCCUAUAGGCUGUCUUAUCGUUGUCGGUGAUCAGGCCUACCACUGUUGUGUUGUCGGCAAACUUAAUGAUGGUGUUGGAGUCGUGCCUGGCCAUGCAGUCAUGGGUGAACAGGGAGUACAGGAGGGUACUGAGCACGCAGAGUGACUGGUGAAGUUACCUCGUGGGUUUAUAGUUCAGAACAAAGAUGCAGAUGUUUUCUAUGGUAUUCCAUGCAUGACUCUCCGAGCAGUUUUCAUCAUCAUGACUAUUCUCCAGUGCUGAUUGUGAAUGACAAGCAUUGAGAAGAGAACCGGCAUUGUACAUGAUCAGCCAAUUGUUUAAUUUCAUGGAUGAGGAGGUGCAGGCCUUGUUUAUAUGCUGCUAUGGGAAGAGUUUUUUGACACACUAAUCUGCUGAUUUUAUUAGCAGGUUUCUACAUUUGCGUCAGUGCUAGAUGCACUUUAAUUUCUUUAAAGAAUGCAUUUCAUUUGUUCAAUGUAAGGUUAGCUAUAUCACUAUCAAAUAAUUAGAUUAAACAUUCAUGGCAUAGGUGACCACAACUAUGUAAAAAUGUGUAAUAAGCCAAUUUCAUUGUCAUAUUGUGUGAGGUCAAAGAGCAUUGUUUGAAGAGAACAGCCAAUCACCGUACAGUCCAGCACACAGUUUAGAUGCUCCUAGAUGCUCCAUCAAAACCCUGAGAUCAUCUGAAAAGUGUGCCGGUACUCUCCUUUCUGUUCACAAGCGAUCUCAUAUACCCAUCAUGCACCUGUGAAAUCUGCUGGCUGUGCGGACUACCUUCAACAAAAGAGCAUUGUUUCAUGGUCUACAUCAGUGGUAAACGAGUGCCGUUUGUGUCCUUUAGCUCCGGUGGAGCCGGUGGAGAACGGAGGAGGGACAGAAGCAGACAUGGCGGUGGAGGUGGAGACGUGGGAGCAGAAAGAGGAGACCGGGGAAGGAGAACCAGGAGGAGGGGGAGCCCUGGGAGGAGAGGGGGGUUCCAGUGAGAAGGCGCAGGGAAAGGAGGAAGAGGAGAUGAUGGAGGAGGAAGAAGAAGAGGAGUUGCCCGUGCUAAAAGUGAUCCCGCUUCCACCAGAUGCCCCGAAGAAGGAGCAUGUCAAUGUGGUGUUCAUCGGUCAUGUGGGUGCGUCCCUAUUGUGUACUAUUACUUCAUGGUUUUCUUUCGUACAUAGUUUUUCUCCCUGGACAGAGAGCAAAUGCUCUUAGAAAUUGCCUGUGUAUUCAUUUGGAUUGAAGACCACUUCUUUUUUUUCAGAUGCUGGUAAAUCAACUAUUGGAGGACAGAUCAUGUGAGUAAUAACAUGGUUAUCAAUAACUAUUCCUACAUUCAGGUUACUGAAGAUGGCUAAACAUUUUCUUCUACAUUAUGAUAACCAUUGCUACUAAUACCAUGGCUAUCUAAAAAUAAAAUGUUCUGUCCUAUAUUUAUCAGAUCAGGCAAUCUCUGUUUUUCUUUCUUAUCGUAGGUAUUUGACAGGUAUGGUGGAGAAAAGAACCCUGGAGAAAUAUGAAAGAGAAGCAAAAGAAAAAAACAGAGAAACAUGGUGAGCUUACCUUCUGUUGUGUCUAGAUUCAGUUAUGUGUAUGGUUGAAAACAAUACAAAUGAAGUUUGCAUAUUACUUUUUCAUCUAGGGUCCGACAUGAGAAAAUAAGAUAGCCUAUUUUUAGUCAUACAUUUUAGGCACUCUGUUUUUUUUUUCUGCUCCCCAGGUACCUGUCAUGGGCCCUGGACACCAACCAGGAGGAGAGAGACAAGGGAAAGACAGUGGAGGUUGGGAGAGCCUACUUUGAGACAGAGAAAAAGCACUUUACUAUCCUGGAUGCCCCCGGCCACAAAAGCUUUGUCCCCAACAUGAUUGGUGGGGCAUCACAGGCUGACUUGGCAGUGCUGGUGAGUUUUCCCCAACAAUGCUUAGCGGAAGGCAUUGUAUUGUCCACUUUUCAUAUCUACUGUGUCGAGGCAAAACAGGCGCCUGUGUACCUGUUAGUUGGAACGUUGCCAUCAUCAAAUCAACGUUUAUUGGUCGCGUACACAGUAAACUUUGAGUUGACUGGGACUGCAUUUUUUUGAAAUAGAUUUUUUUAUGAGAAGAAGAGGACUAACUUACUGUAUAAUGAGAGAGUAGAUUCUAACAUGCAUUUUAGUUUUGAAAACGACACUGUAGAUAAUGACAUAUACAGUAUGUACAGUACUGUAUGGAUACCCCAGUACCCUAGUUGUUUAUCAGUAUCUUCUGCACCCUAUGCUAGUCUAACGUAACCCUAUGUUGUGGUCAGGUGAUCUCGGCCAGAAAAGGAGAGUUUGAGACAGGCUUUGAGAAGGGAGGCCAGACGCGGGAGCACGCCAUGCUGGCCAAGACGGCUGGAGUCAAGCACCUCAUCGUCCUCGUCAACAAGAUGGACGACCCCACCGUCAACUGGAGCUUGGAAAGGUGACUCAGUACAAUGUACAUACAUGCAUCUUGGUAGAGAGAAACAAUAUGUAUAUUUAAAACCAAAUGCAGAAUCUACAAUAUCUCAUCUAAUGUGUUCAUUAACCCUCAUGCUGCACAGCUGGUUAUGACAGACAGUCAUAGAAUAGGAAAGGUUUUUAAUUAGAGAUUGUGUUCCUCAAUUAGUCAACAUUGUGAUAUUGAUAUUUAACACAGUAAAAUAACCCAUCCUCCUCCCUCUCCACUACAGGUAUGAGGAAUGUAAAGAGAAGUUAGUGCCAUUUCUGAAGAAGGUGGGCUUCAACCCAAAGAAGGACAUCUACUUCAUGCCUUGCUCUGGGCUAACGGGAGCCAACUUGAAGGACCCCAUAGAGGAGUGCACGUGGUACAUGUAAGUCAACCUCCGCACUGUUCUCUGCCGAAAGUACAUGAAAGUCAAUCCCUUUGUGGAUGCUGAGUGACGGUUGCUUGUCAAGUCUUAAUUUUCAUAACAGUCCAUCAAAUCAAUGUACAGUGCCUUGCAAAAGUAUUCACCCCCCUUGGCGUUUUUCCUAUUUUGUUGCAUUACAACCAUGUAAUUUAAAUAUAUUUUUAUUUGGAUUUCAUGUAAUGGACACACACAAAAUAGUCCAAAUUGGUGAAGUGGAAUGAAAAAAAUAACUUGUUUCAAAAAAUUCUAAAAGAUAAUUAACGGAAAAGUGGUGCGUGCAUAUGUAUUCACCCCCUUUGCUAUGAAGCCCCUAAAUAAGAUCUGGUGCAACCAAUUACCUUCAGAAGUCACAUAAUUAGUUAAAUAAAGUCCACCUGUGUGCAAUCUAAGUGUCACAUGAUCUCAGUAUAUAUACACCUGUUCUGAAAGGCCCCAGAGUCUGCAACACCACUAAGCAAGGGGCACCACCAAGCAAGCGGCACCAUGAAGACCAAGGAGCUCUCCAAACAGGUCAGGGACAAAGUUGUGGAGAAGUACAGAUCAGGGUUGGGUUCAAAAAAUAUCUCUCAAACUUUGAACAGCCCACGGAGCACCAUUAAAUCCAUUAUAAAAAAAUGGAAAGAAUAUGGCACCACAACAAACCUGCCAAGAGAGGGCUGACCACCAAAACUCACAGACCAGGCAAGGAGGGCAUUAAUUAGAGAGGCAACAAAGACACCAAAGAUAACCCUGAAGGAGCUGCAAAGCUCCACAGCGUAGAUUGGAGUAUCUGUCCAUAGGACCACUUUAAGCCGUACACUCCACAGAGAUGGGCUUUACGGAAGAGUGUCCAGAAAAUAGCCAUUGCUUAAAGAAAAAAAUAAGCAAACACGUUUGGUGUUCGCCAAAAGGCAUGUGGGAGACUCCCCAUACAUAUGGAAGAAGGUACUCUGGUCAGAUGAGACUAAAAUUUAGGUUUUUGGCCAUCAAGGAAAACGCUAUGUCUGGCGCAAACCCAACACCUAUCAUCACCCCGAGAACACCAUCCCCACAGUGAAGCAUGGUGGUGGCAGCAUCAUGCGGUGGGGAUGUUUUUCAUCGGCAGGGACUGGGGAAACUGGUCAGAAUUGAAGGAAUGAUGGAUGGCGCUAAAUACAGUGAAGUUCUUGAGGGAAACCUGUUUCAGUCUUCCAGAGAUUUGGGACGGACGUUCAAACGGACGGACGUUCAAAAAUAUUUUGCAUCUUCAAAGUGGUAGGCAUGUUGUGUAAAUCAAAUGAUACAAACCCCCCCCAAAAAUCCAUUUUAAUUCCAGGUUGUAAGGCAACAAAAUAGGAAAAAUGCCAAGGGGAGUGAAUACCUUCGCAAGCCACUGUAGCUCUGCUGACUUUUCUGAAACUAUAAAAGUUCUCUCUAUUCCCAUAAUAAUUUAAAAUCCAUAAAUAUAGUAUUAGAAAAGCUAAUAAUUUAUUGUCCUAAUUAUUCUUUGUUGCCAGAGGGUUGCCAUUCAUCCCACACCUAGACAGCCUGCCAAGCUUCAACAGAAUCACUGACGGCCCCGUCAGAUUACCCAUCGUUGACAAAUACAAGGUGAGCGCAACUGCUGUCAUGAGUUAUCCCAGUUACAUAUUUCUAGCUCUGUAUUGCACUCAACGGCAUAACUAACAUAAUUCUGAACCAAGCCAGGCCAUUUUAUUCUGUAGAAAUUAAUAAUCCAUUAUCUCAGAGUUUGACAACGGUUUAUGACUGCCAAAAGAUAAUGAUAACACAGGACUGCAGCUGCUACACAACACACACACACACACAUUCUGGCCUUCCAACAUCAGGGUGUCCUUCCAAGUUCUCCCUACUGUAUCCAAGAACAGCAGAGCACAGCUAUUUUCUCCACAAGACAAUUUAGCUUUCUGGCACCGGUUUCAUCAGCGUGUGGGUGUGUUUUGGAACAGGUUAGAAGGCAGGGAACGUGAUGGAAUGAAGAUAUUGUAUAGCUUUCUCAGCAGGUCUUCUACACACACACACACACACACACACACACACACACUGCAGGGUGUUAUGAAACCCAGGAGCUCUAACUAGGUCUGCUAUUCAGUUGAUAUAAUGGAAUUACGGUCCAGUUAAUUGGGGGCUGGUUAGAUUGUUAGACUAGCUGGCAGUGGGCCUGUUCUAACUUCAGUACAGUAACACAGGGGGUCAACAGCUUAGCGCUAGUACACUGAAGAUAUGGCAUCUUAGGUGGUAGCAUAAAAGAGAAAGGAAACAAACUUUCAGCAUUUUUAACAACCAUUUUAAUCUCCCAGCUGGAAUCCAUUUUAGUUUUUUCAUUCAUUCAUUCAAUAUCAAGGGGAUCUUGCAAACUGCAGUAUUCUUCCUAACCCUUAGUACCAUUCUGUUGAUGUGCCUAUGAGCAAGGCACUUAACCCUAAUUGCUCCAGGGUCACUGUUAGUAAUGGCAGACCCUGGCCGUGACCCCAUUCUCUGAGGGUAUCUCAGGAGGAGUUGGGGUAUGCAAAAAUCCCAUUUUGAAAUGUAUAAGCACCUACCAAAUUAUUAAAACCUAUUAGAAGGGAGCAGAGGAUGAGAACGGGAACAAAGGAUGUAAUGUAAUAGUACCAUUUUCUUUAACUGGUAGUAAGUACCCUUGUGCGAGCCAGAAUGGCUCAUAGAAACAGGAGCCUCCUGUUUCUGUAGCAUGAGGCAGCUUGAUGUACAACACCACCUGGACAGGACGGUAGUCUAUCGCAGGGCCUUACCCCCAAACUAUCUCGCAUCGGGUCCCAUUUUUACAGUCUUUGGUAUGACUCGGCCAGGGAUCGAACUCACAACCUUCCAAUCUCAGGGCGGACACUCUAACCACAAGGCCACUAACUUGAACUGGUAGAAUAACCUUUAACCUGGUCUUGGAUGUGCUCUUUGCUCAGGAUAUGGGCACGGUGAUCUUGGGGAAGCUGGAGUCUGGCUCCAUUGCCAAAGCCCAGCAGCUGGUCAUGAUGCCUAACAGGGUAAGGCUCUCCAUAGGUCAUUCAUCUGUCCUGCUCCUGGAGAGUAUACAUUACACAAGUGUACAGGAGCCCCUUUCACAAUUUACAUCUACUUUUUACUCAUUUGGCAGAUGCUCUGCAGAAGAACCUCUGCUAAAUAAUUAAAAUGUAAAUUGUGAAAGGGACUCCAGACUUCCGACAUUAAAAUGCACUUCAGUUUUGGAUUCUCCAACAUGUGCACACCUGUGUUAAAGGCGUUACUUCAGGUUCUAGUGAUUAUAUUUCCCUUCCCAGACCCAGUUUAUCUUGCGAUUUAAGAUUACUAAUAUAGUACUUGAUGUAUAACAUAUACUGUAUAUACAGCACUAUGAUACAUGUGAUGUGUUAUCCCUACCCCCAGCACACAGUGGAGGUGCUGAGCCUGCUGUCUGACGAGGUGGAGACAGAUGAAGCUGUUCCUGGAGAGAACCUGAAGCUAAGGCUAAAGGGCAUCGAGGAAGAGGAGAUUCUGCCUGGCUUCAUCCUCUGUAACGCUGAGAACCUCUGCCACUCCGGACGCACCUUUGACGCCCAGGUAGCCUACGCUCCUUAGGACAGGUCUAAGGUCCUCUGUAGCUUGGUUGGUAGAGCAUGGUCGCUUCCAACCCCAGGAUAGUGGGUUUGAACCCCGGGACCACCCGUACGGAAAAUGUGUAGUGUAGUGUAUGCAUGCAUCCAUGAUUGUAAGUCGCUUUGGAUAAAAGCGUCUGCUAAAUAAAUGGCAUAUAAUAUUAUAUUAUUAUUGUCAUCUUAAGAAGAUACACUGCAUCAGAGAAAUGUAAAAUGAUAGUGAUGCUAGGCAGGGUUGGGGAGUAACUGAUUACAUGUAAUCUGAUUACAAAAAAACUAACUCAUCAGUAACGUUACCGGCUAAAAUAUUGUUAUCAGAUUACAGAUACUUUUGAAGAAGUAGGUGGACUACUUAUUGGACUACUUUUGAAUUCAGAAAGAAUGUUUGCGGAAAAAUACAUUAUGACUAAUGUUCCCUCUAAGCUGCCCACAGAGAGAAGCACGAGAUUGAACUUCACUCAACUUUCUAGAGCAGUGGUCACCGACCGGUUGAUCGCGUUCGACUAGUCGAUCUUUCAAGGCAUUCCUAGUCGAUCGCCAAACAUUUCUGUAAAAAACCCAACGAUGAAGCCAUGUGUUCCAAUUCAUUUGUCUUGGGCUGUUGGCGGUAGGUGCAACCAAGUCGGUUUCACAAGUAAUACAACAACAGAUCUUUUACCUGUGUGAUCAUAUAGCCUAUCUCAAAUUUUGAAAUAUAAUUAUAAAAAAUGGCCCGAACAACAAUGCAUUGGCAGGGCAAUUCAAGCAAAGCCAAUAUGCAGUGAUAAUAUAUAUUGGGCCUAUAGCUUACUGCACAAACCUAAUUUCUACAUUAGUGUUUUUAAUUGGUUAAUGUUGCAUAGGCAUACAUUUUUUACAGUUGAAAUCGGAAGUUUACAUACACUUAGGUUGGAGUCAUUAAAACUCAUUUUUCAACCACUCCACAAAUUUCUUGUUAACAAACUAUAUUUUUGGCAAGUAGGUUAGGACAUCUACUUUGUGCAUGACACAAGUAAUUUUUCCAACAAUUGUUUACAGACAGAUUAUUUCACUUAUAAUUCACUAUAUCACAAUUCCAGUGGGUCAGAAGUUUACAUACACUAAGUUGACUGUGCCUUUAAACAGCUUGUAAAUUCCAGAAAAUGAUUUCAUGGCUUUAGAAGCUUCUGAUAGGCUCAUUGACAUCAUUUGAGUCAAUUGGAGGUGUACCUGUGGAUGUAUUUCAAGGCCUACCUUCAAACUCAGUGCCUCUUUGCUUGACAUCAUGGGAAAAUCAAAAGAAAUCAGCCAAGACCUCAGAAAAAAAAUAGUAGACCUCCACAAGUCUGGUUCAUCUUUGGGAGCAAUUUCCAAACGCCUCAAGGUACCACGUUCAUCUGUACAAACAAUAGUACGCAAGUAUAAACACCAUGGGACCACGCAGCCGUCAUACCGCUCAGGAAGGAGACGCGUUCUGUCUCCUAGAGAUUAACGUACUUUGGUGCGAAAAGCGCAAAUCAAUUCCAGAACAACAGCAAAGGACCUUGUGAAGAUGCUGGAGGAAACAGGUACAAAAGUAUCUAUAUCCACAGUAAAACGAGUCCUAUAUCGACAUAACCUGAAAGGCCGCUCAGCAAGGAAGAAGCCACUGCUCCAAAACCGCCAUAAAAAAGCCAGACUAUGGUUUGCAACUGCACAUGGGAACAAAGAUCGUACUUUUUGGAGAAAUGUCCUCUGGUCUGAUGAAACAAAAAUAGAACUGUUUGGCCAUAAUGACCAUCGUUAUGUUUGGAGGAAAAAGGGGGUACUUGCAAGCCGAAGAACUCCAUCCCAACCGUGAAGCACGGGGGUGCCAGUAUCAUGCUGUGGGGGUGCUUUGCCGCAGGAGGGACUGGUGCACUUCACAACAUAGAUGGCAUCAUGAGGAAGGAAAAUUAUGUGGAUAUAUUGAAGCAACAUCUCAAGACAUCAGUCAGGAAGUUAAAGCUUGGUCGCAAAUGGGUCUUCCAAAUGGACAAUGACCCCAAGCAUACUUCCAAAGUUGUGGCAAAAUGGCUUAAGGACAACCAAGUCAAGGUAUUGGAGUGGCCAUCACAAAGCCCUGACCUCAAUCCUAUAGAACAUUUGUGGGCAGAACUGAAAAAGCGUGUGCGAGCAAGGAGGCCUACAAACCAGACUCAGUUACACCAGCUCUGUCAGGAGGAAUGGGCCACAAGUCACCCAACUUAUUGUGGGGAGCUUGUGGAAGGCUACCCGAAACGUUUGACCCAAGUUAAACAAUUUAAAGGCAAUGCUACAAAAUACUAAUUGAGUGUAUGUAAACUUCUGACCCACUGGGAAUGUGAUGAAAUAAAUAAAAGCUGAAAUAAAUCAUUCUCUCUACUAUUAUUCUGACAUUUCACAUUCUUAAAAUAAAGUGGUGAUCCUAACUGACCUAAGACAGGGCAUUUUUACUAGGAUUAAAUGUCAGGAAUUGUGAAAAACUGAGUUUAAAUGUAUUUGGCUAAGGUGUAUGUAAACUUCCGACUUCAACUGUGUCAUGUUAAAAAAAAAUCUGAGCGGUAGAUCUUGGCUUGCGUUUUGACUCAAAGUGAUCUUGACUCAGAAUAGGUUGGUGACCACUGUUAUAGAGUUUUCCCUGUUAACAUUAUCAACAUUGCUCUUUACUGUGGCAAUUGUGAUCGAAUCAACGCAAUAUUAGCCACUUUCAAUACAACAUACCGAAACAAAACUAACUAUGCAAGAGAUUUUGUUGUAGGCAGAACGUAUCGGAGUAGGAUUCUAUUGCGUUGACAUGCACUACUCAGCCCGUACUCUACACAGACCGGUGUGGCAUAAACAAUCAGAGCUGCAGUAGGUCUAUAUGCAAAUAGACCAUUGCCAUAUAUGGAUCUAUGCCAUUUACUGUUUACAGCAUGAGCGGUCGUGAGUAGAUGCACUUGUUUUGAGAUCAAAGCGAGAGCUGCAUGUAGCCAUGUGUGCACAUUUUGUUCAUAUCCUUUGCUAGUUAGUCAGUUAUUAGCCCAGUUACAGAUAAUUUGUAGUCAGCAUUAGGGGAGUGAUUGCUUCCUACAAGAGCACAAAACAUAUACAUUUCUAGACAUCUUUGAAAAGCGAGUCAGGUAAAGAGCAUUUUUUUGGCAGUGUUGUAUUUUGAGACAGGCUGGAAUAAGCUAAGUAGCCAAUAGGCAGAGGGUGGCAUAAUCUGUCUGAUUCUCUGUAGUAAUGGCAUGGGAAUAAUAAUGCUUUUUAUUUUGUGGUUUCUUGCAUCAAACAACAUAACAACAUUUUCAGUCACCUCCUUGUCUGAAGGACAAGUGGAUAAACAGGUUAAUGUCAAGCCCUGUGUGUUUUUUCCCCAAAAGUCUCAUGGAAUGUAGGCCUACAUUGAAGACCACACAUUGGCUGUUACUGUAGGCUGAAUGGUAGAGCUAUUUCCAUGUUAAAAUAUUAUGGGAUGCAUUUUCUCCAUUGUUUUUGAUGGUAGGCCUACAUUAUGAUCAAAUAGCCACAGUAGCCUACAUGGCCACUGUUAAAACUGUAACUUAAAGCAGGUAAAGCCUCAGUGUUCACAGUAAACGUGCGCUGGAAGUUGCAUAGAAUUUUCACAACGUUCAAGUUUGCGCUCAGCAGACCUGAAAUUUGCUCAGUGCCGAAAACAAUUUGAGGAAAUAUUGGUUAUGACAACCUUCUGUUUUCUCAAUUAAAUUAAAUUCAGCAUUGAAAAAAGGCACAAGUUUAAGUUUGUUCCAUCUGAGCGAGUCUGACCACAAGUCAGAGUCCACUAUGAUUUUUACAUUAUUUUUUUUUACAUUUUAAAUUUUUUUGUCAUUUUGCAGACGCUCUUAUCCAGAGCGACUUACAGUUAGUGAGUGCAUACAUUUUUUCAUACUGGCCCCCCGUGGGAAACGAACCUACAACCCUGGCGAUGCAAGCGCCAUGCUCUACUAAUUGAGCUACGGUUGACGUUUAUUGGGAUGAAUCUUGUUUUGAGGCAGAACUGAGCGAUUUCCACUAGAUAGGCCAGCUGCAAAGUCCAAAUUGGCUAUAUUGUAAAAAUGUAUGAAAACAAAACAAAAGCUUUUUGGUAUUAAUUUAAGUUUAGGGUUAGGCAUUAGGGUUAGCAGUGUGGUUAUGGUUAGGUUUAAAACAGUGGAGGCUCCUCAGAGGAAGAAUGGGACAACCAUUUUACUCAUUGUAAUUUCCUAAAAAUUAAAAUAGUGAAACAUUAAAGUUAUUCGUUUUAGAUAAAACUAUACUAAAUAUAUUCACGUCACCAAAUAACUGAUUAAAACAUACUGUUUUGCAAUGAAGGUCUACAGUAGCUUCAACAGCACUCUCUGGGGGAGCACCAUGGUGUAGCCGAAGGACAACUAUUUUCCGUUCUCCUCUGGGAACAUUGACUUAAAUACAAAACCUAGGAGGCUCAUGGUUUUCACACCCUCCCAUAGACUUACACAGUAAUUAUGACAACUUCCGGAGGACGUCUUCCAACCUAUCAGAACUCUUGCAGCAUGAACUGGAAUGUUGUCCACCCAAUCAAAGGAGAAUGAAUCUAGUACUGAAAGCUAGCACUGCAGUGCAGAAAAUGUGGUGAGUAGUUGACUAAGAGAGAGAAAGACCAUAGUUGAACCGUUUUGAACAAAUUAAUUUCUUCAAAAAUUAAGGAGAAGCAGCAGAGCGAGAGAGAUAUAUGCUCAUUUAAUGCAGCUAGCUAAUUUAGCCUACUCAAACAUCUGGCUCAAACAGAGAGGAAUGCUAUUUAUGUUAGCUAUCUGGCUAAGGCUAUCCAAGACUGGAACUCUUCCAAGUCAAAGUAAGCUUUCGGUUGUAUUAAUUUAUUGCCACCGGGGCCCGCCGGUGUAACUGCUAAACUGGUUGCUGUACACUGUACUGCGUGAUUGUAGUGGGUUUACUAAUGCGUUAGUUCUAGUAGCUAUGUUGGCUAUGACGUUAGCUAAUAUGGUAACAAUGAUGUAUGUUGUGUGCAGUGGUUAGCGGUUAUGGUAUGAAGGUUUGGCUUGGAGAGUUUUUUUUGCCUGGUCAUUUUUUGCCUGGUCAAGGAUUACUUUAUCCUAUCCCAGGUAUUCCUUAAAGAGGUGGGGUUUCAAAUGUCUCCGGAAGGUGGUGAGUGACUCCGCUGUCCUGGCGUCGUGAGGGAGCUUGUUCCACCAUUGGGGUGCCAGAGCAGCGAACAGUUUUGACUGGGCUGAGCGGGAACUAUGCUUCCGCAGAGAUAGGGGAGCCAGCAGGCCAGAGGUGGAUGAACGCAGUGCCCUCGUUUGGGUGUAGGGACUGAUCAGAGCCUGAAGGUACGGAGGUGCCGUUCCCCUCACAGCUCCGUAGGCGAGCACCAUGGUCUUGUAGCAGAUGCGAGCUUCAACUGGAAGCCAGUGGAGUGUGCGGAGGAGCGGGGUGACGUGAGAGAACUUGGGAAGGUUGAACACCAGACGGGCUGCGGCAUUCUGGAUGAGUUGUAGGGGUUUAAUGGCACAGGCAGGGAGCCCAGCCAACAGCGAGUUGCAGUAAUCCAGACGGGAGAUGACAAGUGCCUGGAUUAGGACCUGUGCCGCUUCCUGUGUAAGGAAGUCUUCAUCUAAUGCCUCUUAAGGGAAAAGUAAUCCAAAAGUAACUGAAAGUAAUCAGACUGUUACUGAGUUUGGGUAAUCCAAAAGUUAAAUGACUGAUUACAAUUUUGGACAGGUAACCGUAAUGGAUUACAGUUAGAAAGUAACCUACCCAACCCUAAUGCUAGAUUGGGCUUACUAAAUAUGUAAACUCCAGCACUUGCAACUCUGCUAAUUUCUCUGGUGUUUUAAACUUUGUUUUCAGAUCGUCAUCAUUGAGCAUAAAUCCAUCAUCUGCCCAGGUUACAACGCAGUCCUACACAUCCACACCUGUAUUGAAGAAGUACAAAUCACAGUGAGUUACUAAAUUACAAUAGCUUGUUUACAUCUCCUAACCCGACCGGGUCUCUUUCCAAUUAUAGUUUGCCAACCACGGGUAUCUUCUCUGUCAGUGAAUAAUGGUCAUUAGUAAAUAAACCUGUAUUUAAUUCAAUUCUCUCCUCAGGCCUUAAUCUGUCUAGUGGACAAGAAGACAGGUGAGAAGAGCAAGACGCGACCUCGCUUUGUCAAACAGGACCAGGUGUGCAUCGCACGGCUUCGGUGUGCCGGAACCAUCUGCCUCGAGACCUUCAAAGACUUCCCACAGAUGGGGAGGUUCACCCUACGAGAUGAAGGUAGUGUGUGUAUAUGUGUGUCUGUUCCUGUGAUAUUGUUUUCCCCCAUAUAUUGUUUCUAUUGAUGAAUAUGAAGAAUAUUCUACUUGAUAUAUUAGAAAACCAUUGCCAAAUGGAAUACUAAAUAUUUUUAUAACUAUGUAAUUGUCUCCCCUUUCAGGCAAAACCAUUGCUAUUGGCAAAGUGCUGAAGCUGGUACCAGAGAAGGACUAAUGUGAACCAGCAUGGAAUCCUGGGACAGUUGUCAUGACAGAGGAGGAAGCUGCUGACGCCGACCUAGCCAGCCGCCCCCUUCUUACAUACCACUAUCUGCUGAAGAAGACGAGGAAGAGAAAGAGGAGGACAAAUCAAGUUUGAAAAUAAAGAAGAAACUUUAAAAAGUGACUGAAUCAGUUUUUAUGAUGAACAAUAUUAAAGAAAGACAAGUCCAGUGUGUCAGCUUUCUCAUAUUGAGAGCUCAGCUAUGCCACUAAUGUAGCCACUACCCUUUCCUAGGCCAACCUCACUCUGCGCUGGUCCACCUUUUGUUUUGGAAAUGGGAAUGUAUGCAGUGUAACUUCGUUUGGAAAGGAAGGGACUGGCGUUGCAUCCGGUUGCAUCACUUUGGACCAGAGUUAGCUAGUUAUACCCAUUAAAAUCCAAAAUAUUAUACAAAAAUUGUAAUAUUUUGGUUGUAGUCAUCCCCCAUACCAAAAUCCUAUCUGGUAUGUUCACAUGCACACAAUCAAACAAACAUGGUUCCUGUUGUGAACAUGUAUUGUCAUGUUACCAACAACAAUGAAAAUAAAGUAUCAAACUGAGGAAUAAAAGUAAAAGCUCUGUUUAUUCUCAAUUUGUUACAAUGUUCAUUUAG